AUGGAUCCAUUCUCGGCAGAAGGUGAACUCAUCAACAUCCACAAUGCCUUCCAUCAAGGCCAAUACCAGGAGGUGAUCGACUUCGAUACAUCAGCCCUAUCCUCUGAAAAUCACCUCCCUGCUCGCGUUCUACAGCUCCGCGCCAAAAUUGCCCUGGGACAGACCGACCAGGUUCUCUCCGAUGUUGACGGCGAAGAAGACACCCCCGACCUUGCGGCAGCGAAGGCAUUGGCGCAGCAAACGUCCGGCGACAGCGAGUCCGCCCUGAAGCUCGCACAGGACCUGGCGGAGAACUAUCCUGAUAACACUACCGUGCAGGUUUUGGGUGGAACAGUGCUGCAGGCGCAGGGGUUAAGCGAGGAGGCUCUGGCUUUAUUGGCGAAGCAUCAAGGCAAUCUGGAAGCCGUUGCAUUGAUCGUUCAGAUCCAUCUUCAGCAGAAUCGCUCCGAUCUCGCCCUAAAGGAGGUGCAGACUGCCAAGCGGUGGGCUCAGGAUUCCCUGCUUGUUAAUGUGGCCGAGUCGUGGGUUGGUUUGAGGGUUGGCGGCGAAAAGUACCAAUCUGCUUUCUACGUCUACGAAGAACUCGCCGCUGCCCCCAGCACAUCUGCCCCGCUCUCGAUCGUCGGUCAGGCCGUGGCUGAAAUCCACCUCGGCCGGUUGCCAGAGGCUGAAGCUGCGUUGACGACAGCUCUGGAAAAGUACCCCGAGGAUGCGGAGCUCAUUGCCAACAGCAUUGUGCUAAACGUUUUGGCCGGAAAGCCGACCGACGAGCUCGAAGCGCGUCUACAGAACGUGCAGUCAUCGCAUGCUCUGUUGACUGAUAUUCAAGAGAAGAGUGCGUUCUUCGAUACCGCUGCCGCGAAGUAUGCGCCGAGAGUGUCGUCUUAG